GCGGCGCGCCCUCGGCACGUUCGACAUGGCGACGCAAAUCGACCAGGUCGUGCAGGUCCUGCAGGCGACCCUCAGCGCGGACGAACACACGCGGCACCAGGCGGAGCAGUACCUCACGCAGCACGCGUACGCCAAGUCGCACGUCGUCGUGCUCAUGCAAGUGGCGACCGCGCCGCAGGCUGACGCGUCCAUGCGUCAGUCCGCGACGAUCAACCUGAAGAACCUCAUCAAGAAGGGGUGGGACCCGCGACGCGAGGACGCCGCGCGUCUGCACGAGGAGGACAAGGCGACCGUGCGCGCGAACGUCCUCGAGGCGCUGAUACAGAGCCCCGAGAUCGUGCGGUCGCAGCUGAACGAGUGCGUGAAGGUGAUCGCGAACGCGGACUUCCCCGAGCGAUGGCCGAACCUCCUGGAGACGCUCGUGGGAUACCUCGCCACGGACGACGUCCCGCGCGUAUACGGCGCGGUGACCGUGAUCUCGGUCUUGUGCAGGAAGUACGAGUACAAGGACAAGGACGAGCGCCUCGCGCUGACGCCGGUGAUCAACGCCGCGUUUCCUCGCCUGCUUCAGAUGCUGCAGUCGCUCCUCGCGAUGGAAGACAAACGCGAAGACGCGCAGCUCGCGCUCCUCGUCAAAGCGAUCGUGAAGACGUACUGGAGCGCGACGUACUUGGACAUCCCGGACGCGCUGAUGCGCGGGGACGUGUACGGCGCGUGGAUACAAUGCAUGCACGCCAUCAUCGUGAUGCCCGUGCCGGAGAGAGGACAGCCCGCGGAUCCGGCGGAGCGGAAACACUUCCCGUGGUGGAAAGCGAAGAAGUGGGCGCUUCACGUCGCGAACAGGAUGUUCCAGCGGUACGGCAACCCGAAGCAGUGCAAGCCGGAGCACAAGCCGUUCGCGGAGGCGUUCAAGCGCGACUGCUCGUGCGCGUUCUUGGAGUCGUACGUUCGGUUGCUGUCAGGCGCGUUCUAUACACUGGUUCCCAUACGACCGCUCUUACCCGCCGGCGGGUUCCUCCCGGAUAGGAUAAUAAACCUCGCGCUGCAGUACCUCACCACCGCGCUGACGGGGUCGAACACGUACAAGAUGAUGCGGCCGCUGCUCGACGAUAUCGUGUUCCAGAUCGCGUUCCCGCAGCUGUGCCACAACGCGGCCGACCAAGAGCUCUGGGACACAGACCCGAACGAGGUGGUACGGAAAGGGUACGACAUCAUAGAGGAGAUGUACUCGCCGCGCACCGCCGCCGUGAACUUCAUCGUCGAGCUGUGCCGGUGUCGAUCGAAAGAGAACCUGCCCAAGGUGAUGGGGUUCCUGAUGCAGAUCUUCGCGCGGUACGCGGAGGCGACGCGCGCGAACGGACCCGCGGCGACGCCGCACCCCGAGCUCGGCGCGGCGUUGCACGCCAUCGGGUCGCUGCAAGAUAAGCUCAAGUCGAUGACGGGGUACAAGGAACAGAUCGAGCCCAUGCUCAUGGCGCACGUCGCGCCGUGUUUCGCGUCGCCGUUCCCGCACGUCCGCGCGAAAGCGUGCUGGUGCGCGGGGGUGUACGCGGAGAUCGAGUUCCAAAACCCCGCCAACUUUCUCGCGCUCUUCGGCGGCGUCGUCGCCGCGUUGAAGGACGAUCAACUCCCCGUGAAGGUCGACGCCACGACCGCGCUCGGGUCGUUCGUGGAGGCGGCGGAGGACAUCGAGCAGCUGAAACCUAUCCUCCCGCAGCUCCUGGAUGAGUUCUUCAAGCUCAUGAACGAGGUCGAGAGCGAGGACCUGGUGUUCACGCUCGAGACGAUCGUCGAAAAGUUUGGAGAGGACAUUGCGCCGUACGCCCUCGGCCUCGCGCAAAAUCUCGCCGCCGCGUUUUGGAAGCUGACCAACUCGCAGGACGACAAGGACGACGACGACAUGAACGGCGCGCUCGCGUGCGUGGGGUGCCUGCGCGCGAUCGCGACGAUAUUGGAGUCGAUAUCGACGCUGCCGCACUUGUACGGACAAAUAGAGCCGACGCUGAUGCCGAUUCUGAGGAAGAUGCUGACGCAAGAGGGGUACGACGUGUACGAGGAAAUUUUGGAGAUUUGCUCGUACAUCACCUACUACUCCCCGACCGUGACGCCCGCGAUGUGGGAGCUGUGGCCGAUCAUGUUCGACGCGCUCGAGAGCUGGGGGAUCCAAUACUUCGAGAACGUGCUCGUGCCUCUGGAUAACUACAUCUCCAGAGGCACCGAGCAUUUUCUCGCGGCGCCGCGGUAUCGCGACGACGUCCUGCGCCUGUGCGGCACGGUGAUCCUCGCGAACGAGUUCCCCGAGCCGGAGUGCCUCCCCGCGCCGAAGCUCAUGGAGUGCGUGCUGCAAAACUGCCGCGGGCGCGUGGAUGACGUCGUCCCGGGGUACCUCGCCGUCGCGCUCGAGCGACUGCCGAGGUGCAAGGGGAAGUAUCUCAAGGAUUUGCUGAUCCAAGUCGUCGCCAACUGCCUGUACUACGACGCGCCGUUGACGCUUCGCACGCUCGAGAAGAACGGCAAGACGAACGACGCGCUGUCCGCGUGGUUCGCCAUGCUCAGCGCGCGCACGCCGAACGGGAAGCGAAAACAUCACAAGCGCGAGCACGACAAGAAGGUGUGCGCGUUGGGGCUGACGGCGCUGUUGCGCGCGCCCGCGGAGGCGAUGCCGCCCGCGGUGGCGCAAGGGUUGGGGUCGAUAACGUCCGUGCUCGUGGCGUUACUCGAUGAUCUGAAGACGCAGAUGACGGAGAGGAAGGAUAUGGAGGAGAACGACUACCGCGGGCACGGGUUCUGGGGCGGCGGCGACACGGACGACGAGGGCGAGUACGUCGACGAAGACCUCGGCGACGGCGGCGACGACGACCCGGAGGAUGAAAAAGAACCUCUCGACGAGGAAGCGCUGCGAGCGCUCGCGAUGAAAGCGCGCAAGUUUGGGCAGUUCGACCCCAGAGGGGGCGACGACGACGACGACGACAGCGACGACGACGGGAUGCUCACGGACGACGAGUGCGUGACGAGCCCGAUGGACGACGUCGACGCGUUUGUGGCGUUCGAGGAGACGAUGCGAGGCGCGAGCGCGGGCGAUCCCGGGAGGUUCAACGCGAUGACGGGGGGGAUGGAUCAGGCGCAGCAGGGGUUGCUGAACGCGAUGAUCGCGCACGCGGAGGUGCGACGGCGGGAGAUCGCGGAGGAGAAAGCGGAGAAAGCGGAGGAGGCGGCGAAGAAGGCGGCGAAAGGAGGAGGCGCGAGCUGACCCGAAGGCAGUCGUUACGGUAGUAGCGGAUUGGAUUUUGGUAGACGUUUUUUCCUUACUGUACGACAACAUG